AACACUUCUGAUUUCAUGGAGGGAGUAUCCCAUGAUGACUGCAGUUCGACCCACUUUUUCCUGGAUGAUAGCAGUGGAUGGAUGGUAGGGCCCAAAGAUCGGCUGCUAUUCUGGGUACCACCCGCUUCUCGACAUCCGUUUUAUAGCUCUCAGACUGCAUUAGUGAUGCCCAGAGGAGGUCCUGAGCUUGAUAUGAGCCGCAUGGCACACGGACAACACUGGCAAAAGUGCCGAGAGGGACCUUAAUACUGGCAAUAAACACAGCGUUGGAUCCAUUUUGGAGUUUCAGGUACAAUUUAGAUGUGACCGAGUGUACACUGGAUCGUACUUCGUAUUCUAUUCCAUACCCAGCAUCUCAUUUGU